AUGUCGCGUGUCAUCGUCGUCGGUGGCGGUCUCUCCGGCCUCAGUGCCGCUCACACACUCUACGAACGAGGAGCCAAUGUGCUCGUCCUCGACAAGAACCCUUUCUUCGGUGGUAACUCGACCAAGGCUACCUCGGGUAUCAACGGUGCCGGUACUGCCACACAAGCCGAGCAGGGCAUUCCAGACUCGGCCAAGACCUUCUUUGAAGACACCAAGAAGUCGGCUCGCGACCUCGCAAGAGAUGACUUGAUCAAGGUUCUGACUGGCAAGUCUGGUGAAGCCGUCAACUGGCUCAUGGACCGCUUCGCCCUCGACCUUUCCAAGGUCUCUCGUCUCGGUGGUCACUCACAGCCACGUACCCACCGUGGUGGCGCCCAGUUCCCCGGUAUGACCAUCACCUACGCUCAGAUGGAGAAGCUCGAAGAUCUCGCCGAGGCCGAGCCUGACCGUGUUCAGAUCCUCCGCAAGGCCCGUGUCACCAAGCUCGUUCACCAAAAUGGCGAGGUUACCGGGGUUGAGUACGAGUACCAGGGCCAGACGCACACUGAGUCUGGUCCCGUCGUCUUGGCCACGGGUGGCUACGCUGCCGACUUUGACGAUGUCAACUCGCUCCUCAAGAAACACCGUCCUGACCUCGUCCACCUUCCCACCACCAACGGCGACCAUUGCACUGGCGAUGGCCAGAAGAUGGUCGCCUCCAUCGGUGGUCGUCUCAUCGACCUCGAGAAGGUCCAGGUGCACCCCACUGGUCUCGUCGACCCCAAGGACCCUGACGCAAAGGUCAAGUUCCUUGCAGCCGAGGCCCUUCGUGGUUGCGGUGGUCUCCUCAUCGACAACGAGGGUAAUCGAUUCGCUGAUGAGCUCGGCCACCGUGACUACGUCACUGGCCGCAUGUGGGACAACAACAAGUUCCCCGUCCGUCUCAUCCUCAACGAGCAGGCUUCCAAAGAGAUUGAAUGGCACUGUAAGCACUACGCCGGCCGUGGCCUCAUGAAGCGCUUUGAUAGCGCCAACGAUCUCGCCAAGGAGAUGGGCAUCCCCGCCGAAAAGCUACAGAGCACCUUCCAGGACUACGAAGCCAUUGCCAAAGGGGAGAAGAAGUGCCCCUGGGGCAAGAAGUUCUUCUCCAACUCGGAUCUGCGCAUGAAUCAGGCCUUCUACGUUGCGCUUAUGACACCCGUGCUGCACUAUACCAUGGGUGGUCUUGAGAUCGAUCCUGAGUCGCGCGUCGUUGACAAUCAGGGCAAGCCCAUCGCCGGUCUCUUCGCCUGCGGUGAGAUCGCUGGUGGUGUCCACGGUGCCAACCGUCUCGGUGGCUCUUCGCUUCUCGGAUGCGUCGUCUUCGGCCGUGUCGCUGGUGACUCUGCAUCGAGCUACUUGUUGCGCAAUCUUGCUACCGGCAAAGCCACUGCUCGCCUCGGCCAGAUCUCGAACCACCUCGAGACCCGCGUUCGCGCCGACCCCAACACCAAGACCAUCACUCUUGAGUUUGGCUUUGGCGACCAGCUCUCGUCGACUUCAGCGGCUCAGUCGCAGAGUUCGGCUAUCCCUGCUCCCGUCGCAUCUGGCCAGCCCGCUCAGACCGACAAGGCGGUGCAGCAGGCCGGCAGCGCCGCUGCUGCUCAGCAAACGCUCGAGGAGAAGGAGUACACCAUGGAAGAGGUUGCCAAGCACACCUCCGAGGACGACGUCUGGGUCGUCGUCGAGGGACAGGUACUCAAUGUCUCCGGUUUUCUCGACGACCACCCAGGUGGAAAGAAGGCGCUCAUGCUCUACGCUGGUCGUGACGCUACCGAGGAGUUCCUCAUGCUCCACGACCGCAAGGUCAUCCAGAAGUACGCCGCUGACACUGUGAUCGGCCGUGUCAAGGCUUGA